AUGCAGGAAGAGUACCCAUCGUGGGCCGUCCUGUCGCACGGCUCUGAUUCUUCGUUCGAGCUCGAAGACCCAGGCACGCUUCCGAGUCUUGAGUUCCUGCGAUUGCAGUGGGAUCUCUCUUGCAAUGACGUGUCUGACGCUGUUCAAAUCUUGGAAAAUGCAGGCGAUCUGCAAAGCGUCAAAACGCCGUGGAGCCAUAUUAACGCUAUUGCUCGAAGCUCUAUCUGCGUGACUCCUAUAGGUGCCGUGACAAUCUCUAUCAGUUCUUUCGAAUCAUGGCGCCAAGCAUGGUUAGAAGGACACGACAAUCAUUUCUACAACUUUAAUACGACCGGCGAGAACCCUUGUGGGUGUCAACCAUCUGAUGCUCCGGUCAACCCAACCUUGACUAUCACGGCACCUACCGGAGAAUUUGUUUCGAUUGGCCAAUAUGUAGAGGACGUCUUCCAAUGGCUGUAUAGCACAAGACAAGAGAUCAGAAAAGCGAUCGGUCAAUUCGACGAUCCUCUUGAGCCAGCUUGGGAGUUAAUCGUGCUUCCUAUGAUCAACCGCAUUUCAGUGUACACCCAAAGGCCAGGAGCCGAUCUGUGGGCUUUGGAACACGACGUGCAACAACGCGUCAAGGUUGCUCGACGCAUGCAACGAGACCAGGAAGUCGAAGCACAAGCAAGUCUCACAGAACACUCGGACGGUUCUCUUCUCCGGCCAUAUCCCACAAUGCUUGAACUUGAGAAAGAGGCCAAGUCUGCCCGGAAAUGGGAGAUAGUGGAGCCUUCGCUCGAACUCUCACGCUUACAUUGGUCUCUGAUAUCGAGCGAUGUACACGACGCGAUUUUCGUUGUGGAUGAUCCUGCAGAUACCUCCCGUACUGGUCCUGGAGUGCCUUUUUCAUACAAUCAACCAGUGGCAGCUGCGUCAAUUUGCACAUCUCCAAUUAGUGCAGUGUCCAUCUACAUCGAUGUCCUUGAAAGUUGGCACGACUGUUGGGACACAUUGCACUAUGAAGACGACCCUGCGCCGGAUACCUCGGUGGCAGUACAGCUGCCGAAACGUCGCUGCUUCGCCUGUGGCAUCGACGCUCCACCGAAGGGGCCUGGGCCAAAGCUGUUCAUUCAAGCACCUUCCCGAUACCAAUUCAUUACAGUCGGCCAGUAUGUCCAAGAAGUCUUUCCUUGGCUUCGUAGCUUGGGUUCCUUGAUUCGGCGAGCUAUCACUAGUGGGAGCUCUUACUGUGACAAGGACGAGUCACUGUCAUACAAGUAUGAUUUAACCCCACUCAUUCUAUGUUCGCACAUACAAAUAUACCACAACCAGCCUGGACUUGGUCUCCAGCUGUUAGAGGGCAUGGAGCGCAGGCGUGCAGCAGAGCUCGCACGGCGACAAGAAGGAUCCCGGCUCCAAGCAGCUAUGGACGAGACAACGUUGUCGGCUUGAAUCAGCUAGGUCUUGUGAGGUGAGCCCUCGAUUGGAAAGGCGCAGACCGGUCCGCAAGACGAGUAGCCUACUGUCUGGGAGCGGGACACCUUCCUGGACGGGUUUACUUGAGCGUAAGCUCAAUGAUGAACAUGUACAUAAGGUACAGACUCGGGUCCAAAACCUUUCUCCCUGU